CCAUUUCAAAUUGGGCGGGCCACUCUGAGCUUCUCCUCUCUUCAACAAUGCUGUGUGGCCAACCGCCAUUCCCUCUCCUUCCUUUAAAUAUCUGUCUUUGAGGGCCACUCCUCCCGACACCUCCUUCAAUCUUGCUAGUUGGAUUUGGAGUAUCUGGGUAUGGAGGUUUGGAAUUACUGAUUAUGACAGAAGAAGAUUUGCGGUUCAUUCAACUGUUGUAAGGAAAAAAAAAAAAAAAAGAUUCGGUUGAUUAUUGAUUCUUUCUUCUUCUCUAUUUGGUCUUUUUUGUUUUGUUUUUUGGUUUCUUGAAGUUAGGCCAACGCCUUUCGCGUAUCCUAAACCGUUUGAUUGUUGAUUUCAUUUGAAUUUCUCUGUUUUUUUUUUUUUUUUUUUUUUUUUUUUCCAUUUUUCUUGAGUUUCUGGUCACCCUCUGCGACCCAACAUCAACUUCCUGUCUUCUUUUUUUUCAACCGUUUUUUGUUGCCUUCUUCUUGCUCUUUAUGCCUUUAUAUACGCCUUGAUUCCAAUUCUUUGUUUGUUAUGGGAUUCCCUUUUAAGGCUUCUCUCUGAAUUGGCAGUUUUGGGCCUGCACGAUAGGUGUUUGAUGUUUUGCCUCACUGAAUACCUUAUAAUUUGGGACAUGAGACUUUCAUGAAUUUGGAUGGUUUGCUUUUGUCCGAAAUUGGGUUCCGUUUCUCUUUUAAUCAUUACGGGCAAAACUUGUGUGAUUUUUGUUGUCUUCGUGCUUGGACUUGCCCUUUCCUUUUAGCUAUCCUUUCAUGAGAACCAUCCCCUUUUCUUUCUUCAUAUUUCCAACUUUCUCCAUGUCCGUGUAGUUUGUUGUCUUGUCUUGAUAAGGAACCUGGUUGGUUUUAGUUGGAAAAGUUCAUUUUGCAAUGAUUCAUUCUGGUUUCUUCCUUUCGGGACCAUCAUUUAAUUCUGAUGCUACUACGUCUUUCAUAUCAAUUUCGGUGUCUGAAGAAGAUGGCGCUAUGGCUGAUGAUAUCAGAAACGAAGCAUCUGAUUCUGUCCCCCCUUCCUUUUGGGUUAAAAUGGCGAUGAAAAUAUCUAGAGCUAGAUGGUUUAUUUUUUUGAGAAGAGUUUUCCACUACCAAAACGGAUCGAGGUCUGAUCUUGGGCCUAAUCCUUUCAAUUCGGGUUCGUGGAUGGCGAUGGAACUUGUAGCUUUGUUGUUUCAGCUAAUUAUCUCGGCGUUUACCCUUGCCAUUUCACAGGCUGAAAAGCCAGUUUGGCCUAUGAGGUUGUGGAUAGGUGGUUAUGAUCUCGGCUGUGUUCUUAGCUUAUUGCUUCUCUAUGGCCGCCAUCGGUAUCAUUAUCUAAUGCAGAGAGAUGGUAACAGUCUUUCAGAUAUUGAACACGAACAGCAAAGGACCAAUGAAUCAUCAAGGUAUUCACAUUUGAUGAACCGAUGCCGCACGUCUCUCGAUCUUUUCUUUGCGAUAUGGUUUGUAAUGGGCAAUCUUUGGGCCUUCGAUUCUCGCUUAGCCUCGUUCCAGAGAGCUCCCAAGCUACAUCUACUAUGCAGCUUCCUGCUAGUUUGGAAUGCCAUCUGCUACUCUUUCCCAUUUAUUCUGUUUCUGCUGCUAUGUUGCUGUGUGCCAUUGAUUAGUAGCCUUACAGGGUAUAACAUUAACACGGGAUCAACUGAAAAAGGAGCAUCAGACGAUCAAAUUUCCCAGCUACCUUGCUGGAGAUACAAAGCAGUUGAAGCCAACAUCAACCCCAGAAGUCAACUCGACAAUAGCAAUACAGGACUUCUAAAAGAGGAUCCAGAAUGUUGCAUUUGCCUUGCCAAGUAUAUAGACAAGGAAGAAGUGAGACAGUUACCUUGUUCCCAUGUGUUUCAUCUCAGGUGUGUAGAUAAGUGGCUUGCUAUUACAUCUUCAUGCCCUCUCUGUAAGCAACAACUUCAAAGAUAGAGAGCCAAGAAAUUAGUAUAAGCAGUUUAAGUGCUUCAUUGGGUUUUUUCUUUUCUUUUCCCCUUCCAAAUGGAAAUUUUCUGAUUUUCACUGUUUUUAUGAUUUAGUCAGUAGAUUAGAGUCCCACAUGGUUACUUGAGUGAAUUCUAGAGCUCACCAGUUACCUAAUUAUACUCAAAUACUCGAGGUUACAUAUAGCAGGAAAAUGAUGCCUUAUUUGUAAAUAUUGUGAGAACUAUAGUAUUUGCCUAAUGAAUACAAACCAAGUGUGCUUUUUUCCUCUUUAA